CAAACAAUUGGCAAAAUGCUGCAAAGCUUGCCCUAAGCCAGAAUUCUUUUAGGUCCUCCGCUUUGCUUUUGUAGCCCGAGUCUUCUUCCUAAACUCUAUCUUCGAUCGCCUCACAAGGCCGUUUGCUCUAUCGGAUUUCAAAUAUUAUAUUCUUCGGUUAAGGCAAGUAAGAAGCAAGAGCUUAUUCAUUUCCUGCCACCAUGUCCUUGAACAAAGGAAUGAGGUCCUGUGCAAAGUUGUUGAUGUCCUCAGAAGCAUUUCUGUCGAAAUCAGCAAAGAGGGGGUUUCACUCGACUGAGGUGAAGAGAAUGGGAGGACAUGGUCACGAUGAGCCUUACUAUCUGCAUGCCAAACACAUGUAUAACUUGGACAGGAUGAAACACCAGAAGUUGACAAUGAGCCUUGCUGUGUUAACUGCCUUCAGCAUUGGUGUGGCUGUCCCAGUUUAUGCUGUUAUAUUCCAGCAAAGGAAAACAGUUUCUGGUUGAGUAUCCUGCUUUCUUACAGCAAUAAGAUUAUGCAGUAUUCCUGUCAUUUGGCUUGGUUUCGUUUUGUGUUUGGAAAUUGUCACAUUGCUUCUUGUUCCAUCACUCAGUGGAUGACCGUUUUCCAUGUGAAUUACAUGGCCGUAGACCAUUCUGCUUAUUUCUGUUGAUCACAUGAUGUGGAUGUUUUUUCAUCAUCUUAAUCACCCCUUCUGUAUUUCAGGGUGCCUCCUAGUAAAGAGAAGGUACAUUUGCUAUUCAAUUUAAAACAUGAAUAAAUGUUCUAGACUUUUGGGACAUUUGCCCUUCUAAA